UCUCAGAAAAAAAAAAGAAGAAAAGAAAAAAAAAAGGAAUCCGAGCAGCCACGUCGCCGGCGACGCCGCCCGCCCUGACCGACGACGAACCGGCCGCCGCCCGGCGAGGGAGAUGAAGACGGUGAGCCUCGGCGCCGCCAGGCCUUCGUCUGUCAAGUUCCGCAUGCCGACGAGGGAUAACCUGGUGCCGAUACGCGUCGACGUCGAGGUGGACGGCCAGCGCUACAGGGACGCCUUCACCUGGAACCCAUGCGACCCCGACUCGGAGAUCAUAAGCUUCGCGAAGAGGACGGCCAAGGACCUCAAGCUGCCGGCCAACUUCGUCCCCCAGAUGCUCCACUCCAUCCAGGGGCAACUGACCGAGUUCCGUUCCUACGAGGGAGAGGAGAUGCAGAUCAGGGAGAAGAUUGUGCCCCUCAAGAUUGACCUCCGGAUAAACAAUACUGUAAUCAGAGAUCAGUUCUUGUGGGAUAUAGGCAACCUGGAUAGUGAUCCUGAGGAAUUUGCAAGGACGCUAUGUGACGAUUUGAACAUUACAGAUCCUGAAGUUGGGCCUGCAAUAGCUGUCUCCAUCCGCGAGCAGCUUUAUGAGAUUGCUAGUCAAAGUGUUUCUGCUAUGAGGGAAGCAGCUAGAGUUUCAAAGAAGGGGAGGCGAGCACCAGAAUUUGCUUCAAAUAGUAAAGCCAUGAACAAUUCACUAGAUCUAUUCAAGUAUUUUGGCAGCAAAGGGAGUGUCGUUCGGAAAAGGAAGGAAUGGUACUUGUAUGAGCCUGUUGUAGAUGUCAUAACUAAUGAGGAAGUUGGAGUAACUGAUGCAACAGAGGAGAUUAACUCCAGGAAUGCAUGAGCUGAAGCUGUAAACUGUACCGCAUUUGAUGAUCCUGACGUGUUGAAAAGAAGGAUGAGAGCCUCCAACCCAUGUUACACCAAUGCUGUUUGCAAAGCUUUCUGGUUGUGACUGCAGACCUCAGGAAAGAAGCCAUUUCAAUGUUUGUGUUUGGAAGGGAGGGCGAGCAUUAGGAGCAUUAGGUACCUGGCUAGGUUAGCUCUGUUCUGUAGAUGUGUAAUGUGUUGUACUCAUAAAAAAACUGCAUGGAAGCCAUGGAAUGUGACCUACCUGUAUGGAGCUUGCCCUUCAGUUUGCUAUUGUGUCGACCAUGUUUUGGGCUUGUGAUGUGUUUAUGUUUUGGAAGAAGUGUUUUUUAGGUCGUCAGAGUUUAGGCCUACUAAUUAAGCCUUGGACUUUUCGCAUCUCUCAUGGAUUAAGUAUGGAUUGAUUGUUGAUACUCCUAUGUCAAUCAAUUGGAUCAGAAUAUGUAUUUGUAUGAUUCCCAUC